UUCAUCUCUAUUAUUCUUCUCAACUUAUAAACUUUCUAUUUAGUUACUUUUGCGCUGCUUCGCUAAAGAUUCAUCGAAGCCUUUACUUUUCGGAACAAAUUUCAUAGCUAAAAUUGACAUCAAGAACACAAUCCGAGAUGUCAAACGUCAAGAACAUGAUGUGCACAACCUUAACAAGGUCAAUGCCAGCGAUUGCAUUCUUCGGUAGAAUGGCAUUUGCCCUUGUCUUCAUCAUCUCUGCUAUCCAAGACUAUGCUGAUCAUUUUGGUGGCGGUGGCGGGCCGCUAGAGAAGACGGUGGGACCAGCAGUUAAUGUGAUGACCAAAUAUGGCUCUAAGGUUCUCACGUUUUACACGGGAAUGCAAGUGGUCGCAUUCGAUGUUAGACUAUUAGAGUUUUCGCUCAUAACCGCAAAGGGAACUGCAGCUUUGUGGUUCAUCUUUGGACAAUCUAUGCCUGCUUACUUCUUGCUCGCAACGCAAAUGCUCUCAACUAUUAUUCCUUUCCCAACCAACUUGAACGACUUCACUCAGAACUUGACGUUAAUGGGUGCGUUGCUCUAUUACAUUGGAUUAAAGCAUACUAUCGACAACCUCGAGGAGGGAGAGAAGAGCGAGGAGAAUGAGAAAGAAGAUGACAAGCCCUCCUCUUCCAAGUCCAAAGCAAAUUAAAAUGUGAAUUUCACAAACUCAGUCGUUAUUGCCUCUCUCUUUGGUCCCCCCGAGCGCCUUGUUGAAUAUGUAUUUUACCUUUUUUUUUUGGUAAAUCAGACAGCUCUCUUUGAUAUCAGUUUUCGAUCGAAUGCUUUGUCUUUUUUUUUUUUUAUGUUUCCUGGGUAUUGUAUUGGAUUGUUCACCUUUGAAAUGUAAUAGUUUACAUGGUUAUAACUUAUAUCUAAUCUACCAAUGACCUAUAUUCUUG